AGUGUUUAAAGUGCUAUCAUCUUAAUAGAAAUCUGGCUCUUAGUCGUCAGGAUCCGAUUCAUCAUCACAGACAGAGUUAAUAGCUUUAAAGAACCAAUCUGAUACCUCACCAGUAAACAAAGCUUCUUCUGUUUUAUCAAGUUGUAGAAAACCAUUAAAUUUACAAACAGAUAGGAUAUUUAGUGAAGACUUAGCACAUCCUAGGGUAUACUGAUAUCAAUAAUAAAUAAUUUAAGAAUGGCGCUGGCCAUUAGAAGCGAUAAUUGUAAUUCCGGCGAGAGAUGCGUCGUUCAGGGGUUUACAUUGUAAAUGAACCAAAGCAAGAAGAUUCUGAAGCUCUUACAGCAGGAAACGGAAGUCCGGAUCACGUGUUUUUAAAUAAAAUGGAAGAAGAGGGAGACGAUGUCCAAAAUGUACUUACAGAAGAGGAAACACUACCUGUAGAAGCAUCCACCCCUAAAAAGAAGAAAGAGAAAAAGAAGAGAUUACCUUCAGUAUACAGAUCUGCACUUAUCAAGCUUGUAUGUGGAGUGUACGCCUUAAUCAUUAUUGUGCUAGGACUUGUGUUUUCUAUAGCUUCAUCGUUAACGGCAGAGGAAAGGGUUCAUAAAUAUUACCUUGAGGCCUUCCUAGUAUACUUGUAUGUUUUGUCCCUUGGAAUAGUUAUAUAUUUUCAACUAUUUCUGUUGAGUGGAGUUAAAGUGAAAACAAACUACUUCGAACCGAACAUCCGGGUAACAGUAAAACAAGAUGGCAGUGCCAGUGUACAAAAGUCGCCAACAGCUUCGCCGUAUCCCGGAAGAAUUACAGAAAAUAACCACGAAGAAAAAUCAUCUCUUACAGAAGAUGUUGAAAGAAAUGGGGACCAAUUAUCUGUGGGAAGUUAUCACAGUCAUUUCGAAAUGCCACCAGUUGGAGGCGUUGCUCAUGUCGGCGAAGGAAUAAAUUUCUAUCUUCGCCUUGGUGCUUUAGCUUUUGCCUUCGGGAGUGUAACUCUGGAUGGUCUUAACAUUGCCACAUAUUUUGAAACACAGAUGACAGAAACAUGCGAGAGCCAAAUAUUUAUCUUGGUGUAUGCACUCCACCUAUUAUUCACCUUCGUUCAGACAUUUUUCUUGUUCAAGAACCACAAGCUUGUUAUUGACAAGAGUAAACCAAUUGUACGGUUUGGAAUGAUGCACUUAAUGGCAACCAAUAUAUGUGUUGUUAUUGUAACUAUCAUUACGGAAACUGCCGAAGAUUAUCGAUUUGAUUCAUUUGCUGCUCUGAAUAUAACAUCAGGUCUUGUAAAGAGCUGCUACGAGGAAGUCACACUAGCAAGAUCAGCAUCUCCAUACUUAUUUCCUUGUACAAUUAUUUACAGUAUAAUUGCUGCUGGGAUAAUUUAUCGUUUGUAUCAGUAUAUUGGAAAACGAGUCAAACAAAGAUGGCCGAGUCAUACAUCCUUGACUAGCUCCGUUCCUGCUGGUGCAACGUCAAUCGAUUGCGAGAAAGCAAACAAAGGAUUAUUUCUCGGUAUGCUAAUUGCGGUUGUCACCCUUAUUGCGAUUGCCACUUUCUUUGUUUUUGAAAGUAGAAUAAAGGACACCAGUACGGCCAUUAAAAUCCUUUUCACUACGGAAAUUGUUCUCAUGGUGAUAACAAGUAUUGGAAUUAUCUGGGGAUAUGUCCGUCUGGCCAAACUGAAAUUUCUACAGAACAUGUUCUUCUCUGUUGAUUCAGUGCUUCUGUUGGUUGCACUAUCCGGGUCGUUCAUUUACCUUUUCUUCACGUUGAUUUCGGUGUGUUCGAUUACUCAGUCGUUCGAUUCUGUUGUUAUUAUCAACCUGGUAACAAUAAUACUAUCGGUGUGUCAGAUAACUGUUCAGACAGUUUUCAUACUUGAUGGAUUAUGUCGCUGCUCUAAGAAUGAUGACCAGUGCGCAGCAAAACCUGGACGCGCUGUGGUGACAUUUUUAUUAAUAUGUAAUCUGGCGCUUUGGUGUGUUAGCAUGUUUGAAGUGAAGAAGACAAAAGUAUUAUGGUUCCAUGAUGAAUUUUAUGGAAAAUUAGCUUGGAAUAUCAUUACUCAUCAUUGCGUACCUACUGUAAUUUUCUUCCGUUUCCAUUCAGCUAUCUGUCUCUCUAAAAUCUGGUACAAUGCUUAUCAGAAAGAAAAGGCGUCUUAGCUUAGCAAUAAUGAAUGCAAACAAAAUACAUAAAUGGCAUAUGACAAUUUUAUAAUGCCUAGAGGCAGCAUUAUGACAUUUCUUUACUAAACAUUUUACUGGAGGAAAACGGGCAAAUUAAACUUUUGGAUAUAAAACAUUUUACACAUACUAUCAAUGCAAGAACUAUUUUAUUGACAAUUUCUUAAUUGUAUGAUAUUGAAAACAUUUCUUUGAAAUUUUGUUUAUAUCAGUAUACAGGAAAAGUGACGAUUUAUAUGAUUAACUUUGAGUUGAGAAAAAUAUGUAUAUGCUUCUCUUUUCAUUGGCGCGUGUAUAUAUUUGGUGGAUUAAGAUGAAAGCAAACGUUGCCUUGUUUACUUUAUCCAAGAAAACUUGAGAAAAAUAUGCAUAUGUUUCUCUUUCAUUGGUGCAUGUCUCUAUUUGUUGGAUAUAGAUGAAAGCAAACUGUCACGUCUGUGCCUUGUUUAUUUUAUCAAGGAAAACUAUGUAUAUCAACUAUAAACUGUAGAUUUUGUAUAUAUAGUUGACGUUGUUUUUCAUUAUUUAUUCCUAUGUAUACUGGCAAAAUCUAUCAUGUGUGGAAGACGGAAAGACAGAAGACAUUUAUAUGAUUGCAGUCAUUUCUGUGGAAUAAACACUUUUGAAAUGACUAUUUCUUUACCGAAUAUCAAACAUUUGUCAAAUGAUGGUUUAAUAGAGUUCAAUACAUAUUUUAAAUUUCUUAAGUUAAUUAUGCAAAUUGAGAAUGAGUGUAACCAAAGUUCCGACGUGAUUGAAUGUUUAACCUGGCAUCCUGGCCAAACGUCCUCUUCGUGUCAGUACUGUCGAGUAGUGAGCGAGGAUCCCAGGCUAUUGGAUGUUUAAUGAGAAUGAGUAGUUCGAAGUGUUGGAAUGUCCAUUUUCAUUUGUGUUUUGUAAAGAGCUUUUGAUUGCUUGUCAUUUGGAUACCACCAACUUGUGUAUGAAUGUACUCUGUUGCAUUUACCUCAAAUCAUGUCAACUUUAAUAGUUUAGAUCCAUUAUAAAUAUAAAUACCGGUAUUAACUGUAUUUUUAUGUAGUUCAUAAUUUGUAUUUUUAUAACAAUAGCUUAGAAUAAAUUAUAAAUGUAGA